AUGGCUAAAUGUGAGGAGCUGCUUAGCAAGGCUCUUGUCUUUGUGGGCGAGAUCGGAGGCAAUGAUCUUAACUAUGCUAUCAUUCAAGGCAAAUCCAUUCAAGAGAUUCACACUUAUCAGCCAUAUAUCAUAGAGGUCAUUACUAAUGUUGUAAGAGAAGUGAUACACCUUGGUGCUGUGAAUAUCAUAGUUCCCGGAAAUCUUCCAAUGGGAUGCAUACCGGCCGGCCUGACAAUAGUCUCUGGUAGUGAUGUGACAGCCUAUGAUGAUAUGGGAUGCUCAAAAGAAUUAAAUGAGCUAGUAUUGGUUCAGAAUAACUAUCUUCAGCAGUCUUUGGCCUUACUCAGGCUAGAAUUUCCUCACGCUAAUAUAAUUUAUGCCGACUACUAUGCAGCUUACCAAACAAUUCUUCAUCAUGCAGUUGAUUUCGGGUUCGACGAAAAAUCACUAUUAAGAUCAUGUUGUGGAAUUGGAGGGCUAUACAACUACGAUCAGAACAGAGUAUGUGGGUCUAGUGGUGUGCCUUUUUGUCGUAAUCAUGCUCAAUACAUAAGCUGGGAUGGAGUCCAUUUGACUCAGGAAGCCUACCGUCUUAUUACAGAAAUUCUCUUACCCGAUAUCUUCCCUAGAAUACGAUACAUUUAG